AUGGCCGCGCCCACUCCCGCCGUCCAGCGCCUGAACCAGACUCUCCAUAUCCUCGACCCCGCGUCGCGCCCCCAGGGCCUGCAGCUCUCCCUGGUCCACGGCCCCGUCGACCCUCCUCUCCUCAACUUCACCAUUGGCGAGCUCCUCGACUUCCAGGCCGACAAGUAUGGCGACCGCGAGGCGCUCGUGGUGCCGUGGACCGGCACCCGCUGCACCUAUGUCGACCUGAGGGAGCAGAGCACACGGCUGGCCCGCGGCCUGCUCGCCAUGGGCAUCAAGCCCGGAGACCGCAUUGCCAUCAUGGCCGGCAACUGCGAGGAGUACGUCGCCGUCUUCUUUGCCGCCGCAAAGGUUGGCGCCAUCCUGGUCGUGCUCAACAACACGUACACGGCAACAGAGGCUACUUAUGCCCUGAACCAUUCCGAGUGCAAGCUUUUGUUCAUCCAGUCGAGGAUUGGCCGCUACGACAACGGCACCUUCGUCGAGCAAUUGAGAUCAGCGGAGACCCGCCUGAAGACCCUGCCGUCCUUAGCGCAUGUCAUCGCCCUGCGCGAGCAGAUCCCCGAGUUUACUUCUUACGACAAGUUGAUCGGCUUGGGUGACGUUAUUUCUCCGUUCUACCUGCACCGCGUUAGCACCGCCCUCAACACCCACGACGUGUGCAAUUUGCAAUUCACCAGUGGUUCCACCGGCAACCCCAAGGCAGCAAUGCUCACUCACCACAACAUCGUGAACAAUUCGAGGUUCAUUGGAGAUCGGAUGGCGUUCACUUGCGAGGAUGUCCUUGCAUGCCCGCCGCCGCUCUUCCACUGCUUCGGGCUGGUGCUUGGGUUGAUGGCGUGCAUCACGCACGGUAGCAAGAUUGUUCUUCCGAGCGAGGUUUUCGAUGCAGAGGCGACGUUGCGUGCCAUUUCGGAUGAGCAAUGCACCGCUUUGCACGGAGUGCCCGCCAUGUUCGAUUCCAUUCUCUCACUUCCGCGGCCGGACGGCUUCGACUGCACCAAACUGAGAACUGGCAUCAUCGCUGGCGCCCCGGUGCCCCGCCAUCUUAUGGAGGGUAUUCUGGUUGAGCUGGGGAUGACUGAAUACACGAGUAGUUACGGCCUGACUGAAGCCUCGCCCACCUGCUUCAACGCACACACUUACGACACGGUGGACCGGCGGUUGACCACUGUCGGAACGGUCCUUCCGCAUGCUCACUCGAAGAUUGUCGACCGUAACAACCGCAUUCUCCCGGUGGGCCAGCGCGGCGAGCUGUGCAUGGCUGGCUACCAGCUGCAGCGCGGCUACUGGAACAACCCGGAGAAGACGGAGGAAUGCAUGAUCCGCGACGAGCAGGGCAUCCUGUGGCUGCAUACCGGUGACGAGGCCGUUUUCGACGAAAAUGGCUACUGCACCAUUACCGGCAGAUUCAAGGAUAUCAUAAUCAGGGGUGGUGAGAACAUCUACCCUCUCGAGAUCGAGGAGAGGCUGGUAGCACACGCUGCGAUCGAGCGUGCCAUUGUCGUGGGCCUGCGGCACACCAAGUACGGCGAGGUGGUCGGGGCCUUCCUGCAGCGUGCGGCUAGCCAGGAGCGACUGUCGGACGAUCAAGUGCGAGAAUGGACGCGGCAGCACCUUGGCCGGCACAAGGCGCCUGCACACGUCUUCUGGCUGGGCGAGGACGGCGUCGACGCCACGAUUCCCAUGACCGGCAGCGGCAAGAUCAAGAAGUACGAGCUCAGGAAGUAUGGCGAUGAGCUCGUCGCUGCCAAGGGCGGUGAGCUGGUCGUGUGA